GCGGGAAUAGCAACAGUAGGCAGUGAAAGUGAAGCGCACGAGCGCGAACAGACUGCCGCGGGAAGAAGAGGACGAGGCUGUGGCGGCGGCUGUGGUCGAUCGGGGUUCGCGGAGGGGGCGAGGAGGCGGCCCCUGCAUGCGUCUACAGCCGCGCAUGGACGACCACCUCAGCCUCCUGCACUCACCCCCGCCGAGCGCGACCAAGACCCGCGGCGACAACCUGGUGAACCACGGCUACACCGAGACGGAGGCCGACGUGAUGACGGUCGUGGCGUGUGACAACAUGCUGGAGGAGUCGGCGGCUCUACCGGGCCACCACUCUCUGGACCGGUACGAGCCGGACCACGAGUGCUGCGAGAGGGUGGUCAUCAACAUCUCGGGGCUGCGCUUCGAGACGCAGCUCAAGACUCUGUCCCAGUUUCCAGAGACGCUUCUGGGGGACCCUAAGAAAAGGAUGAGGUACUUUGAUCCUCUCAGGAACGAGUACUUUUUUGAUCGGAACCGACCCAGCUUUGAUGCCAUCCUGUAUUACUACCAGUCUGGUGGGCGCAUCAGGAGACCCGUCAACGUGCCCAUUGAUAUUUUCUCCGAGGAGAUCCGCUUCUAUGAGCUGGGAGAGGAGGCGAUGGAGAAGUUCAGAGAGGAUGAGGGGUUUAUAAAGGAGGAGGAGCGGCCGCUGCCAGAAAACGAGUUUCAGAGACAGGUGUGGCUGCUCUUUGAGUACCCGGAGAGCUCGGGUCCCGCGCGGGGAAUAGCAAUAGUAUCCGUCUUGGUCAUYCUCAUCUCCAUUGUCAUUUUCUGCUUAGAGACGCUGCCAGAGUUCAGGGAUGAGAACAGGGACCCCAUCACCAUCGCGCCAGUCAUAAACGGCACGCUCCCGUAUCUCGUCAGCCCCUUCUCAGACCCUUUCUUUGUCGUGGAGACGCUGUGCAUCAUCUGGUUCUCCUUCGAGCUGCUCGUGCGCUUUUUCGCCUGCCCGAGCAAAGCCACGUUCUCCAAAAACAUCAUGAACAUCAUCGACAUCGUGGCCAUCAUCCCCUACUUCAUCACGCUGGGCACGGAGCUGGCGGAGAGGCAGGGGAACGGACAGCAGGCCAUGUCCUUGGCCAUCCUGCGCGUAAUCAGGCUCGUGCGGGUGUUCCGCAUCUUCAAGCUCUCGCGUCACUCCAAGGGGCUCCAGAUUUUAGGACAGACCCUAAAAGCCAGCAUGCGUGAGUUGGGCCUGCUCAUCUUCUUCUUGUUCAUCGGGGUCAUCCUCUUCUCCAGCGCGGUGUACUUCGCCGAGGCGGACGACCCGGAUUCGGGCUUCAACAGCAUCCCGGACGCGUUCUGGUGGGCUGUCGUCACCAUGACUACAGUGGGAUACGGGGACAUGCACCCCGUGACGAUCGGGGGCAAAAUUGUGGGCUCUCUGUGCGCGAUCGCCGGCGUGCUGACCAUCGCCCUGCCCGUCCCCGUCAUCGUCUCCAACUUCAACUACUUCUACCACAGGGAGACGGACGGYGAGGAGCAGGCGCAGUACCUGCACGUGGGCAGCUGCCAGCCGCUGGCGGACACGGAGGAGCUGAGGAAGACGCGCUCCUCCUCCUCCUCCUCGCUCAGCAAGAGCGAGUUCAUGGUGAUAGAGGAGCACGGCUUGAACAGCGCGUUCAAACAGCAGCCCAACUUCCCCACCACCGCGCAGAACAACUCGCAGAACUGCGUGAACAUUAGCAAAAAGAUUUUCACCGACGUGUAGCCAGGUUUGAAGCAACGAGCCCCUCCCGGGCGGCCGCGGAGAGAGAGAGAGAGAGAGAGAGAGAGAGAGAGAGAGAGAGAGAGAGAGAGAGNAGAGAGAGAGAGAGAGAGAGAGAGAGAGAGAGAGAGAGAGAGAGAGAGAGAUGCGUCAAGGCGCAGCUGGUUGUGCCAUUACGCAGCGGUGUGAGUUGGAGGAUCAGAGAAAAAGGAAGAACGAAGGAACGCAUCCUUCCUGUUUCAGAGAUGCAGCUCUGUGUUCCAUUCAAAUAAUCAGGAUUUAUUUCCUUAUUAUUUUUUUUCUAGAUAUGAAUUCCCUCUGAUCCGUCCGCGCUAAGAAGAAAGAGCUUCCUUUAAAGUAUUCGCUCCACUUCUCCUCUCCGGGUGAGGAGAGAAACCUGUUGUGCAAUAGUCGGUGUAUUAAUAUGCAUCACAGCAGACAUGAAUAGAAGCUUUAUUACUGUAAAAAACGAGUCCUUGAGGGAUACUGUAUUACCAUACGUUAAGAGUCGUGAUGUUAUAGCCUGUGUAUAAUAUCCAGUCAGUUAAAUAUGUGUGUAAGUGUGUGUUCAAACACAUGUAAUGUCAGGUAAACACAUUCCAGCAUAUGAUAUCUCAUAGAAACCGUUCUGUUGUGUGCCUUGUGCGUAAAGUCUAGUCUAACUGCUGCCGUCUUUUCUUUCUUUCAUCUAAAGUAAAAAGUAAUUACUCCUUACAGUUCCUCGUGUACACGUGGCCACGUAAAUACUAUAGAGCCAUCACAGGAUCAAAACACACGUGAGUGGAGAAGCACACACACAGCGAUCAAAGAUGGAGCGUGUUUAUCUUCCGAAAGCUUCAAAUAUAGCCCCGCUGUGAUGCAGUCUCCAUGGCGACGGUCGUUUCCCGGUAACCCCAAGUCACCGUUGCCAUGGCACCCUUGUUUCCACAGUAACCUCCCAGAUGGGUUGGAAGCUAUUUUGAAGAUUUUCAUCUGAAUGGAUGGCCUCGUCUCGUCUUCAGCCUCUCUAAUUAGACUGCUCGGUUUUCACGCUUUUGGUGGAAAAACAAACAAGAAAAAAAAUCAUUCCAGGAUUUUUGCAGUGUCACCACGGCUCAUCAGCAAGCUUAUUGUGUGACUUUAAUAGUAAAACAGACAUUCAAAAAAGACAAGGAGGAGGUCUGCCACGAUGAACUGGACAACAUCUGUCACAGGGAGGCGCUGCAGUGCGGGAGGAAUUAUGAAUGGAUCACCUGGGUGCAGUACUGCGGCUGGCCAGCAGGGGAGACUGCUGUAACACURAUCAAAUCGGAGAACCUUUUCAUUCUGUUCAGACCUCCUGGACUCCUGAUGACAUAAUUCAGCCCAUUUCCCACAUACAGCAGGAGCACAUUGAGAUUCUGGUCCGAUCCUGUUUGGUCAGUUGGGCUGAAAUUAAAAUUCGCCCUGGAUAACAUUCCUCUCAUUCCUCUGCUCUCUUGCUUUUUUUGACUGGUACCCACAAAGCUGGACUAACGUGUGGCGUUCAAAGCAGUUCUCCCGCUGCCAAGGACCACACCGCAACCCAAAAUGCAACAAAAUGCAAUCACAGCAGGUAUAUAAUAUAUGCUGUUUUGUAGCUGCAGUUUUGCAACAUGUAUUAUGGAUUGAUUCACUGUGAACAAAACCAUCAUGGGAUCAAACGUGUCUCAGAAACUCUCAAAAUCCAUCUGAAAUUGUAGUWUGACAUUUUUCCCCACGUUGUUGUCUUUAUACAAUUUAAACGGAUGGAUUCAAGAAAUAGCCAGCAUUUUCACCACGUUUCACUUUAUUGGAACAAUUUUUUUUUAUUUUAUUUUUUCUAUACUUGCGUCUCUCAUUGGUGAUAUUCAUCAAAGACAACCUGUAACUUCAGAGUCAGGAAGAGGCAACAACGGAGGCCAUCGACAUGAAACUGUGAUCCCARUCAAAGACUGUUAGCCAUAUGCCUUCGUUAGCUCUAUGUGCUCUGYGUUGCUCUUCUGUAAAACACACAUUUAUGUGUGAUGGUUGCUGCUACUCACUUGACGUGUUCAUGAAGAAUAACUCGAAGGUGUUUACGUGUAUGUAAAUGCAGACAGAAAAACACGCACACGUGCGCCUGCGUGUAAAACGCCUCUUCUGUUCCCAAAGUGCACUCGUGAUAUUUCUGUGGGGCAGGAAAAAAAGCAGAAUGUUCACAGGGGGAGGUUGUGUGUGCCAGGAUUUAUUCUGUGUUGUUGUGUGUCGUCUUCAACAUGACUCAUACAAACAGAUUUUGAGGUGUGCUGUCUUUUUAUUUAUUUAUUUUUUAGAGGAGCUGCUGAUGGCUUUUCAUUUUUGUUAUCCAUAGACUACAACUCACUCAUUUCAGUAAAAAAAAUAAUAAAAUAAAA